AUGACUCGAGAGCUCGCUACCAUCAUCACAGCAGCUGCCGCUCUUCUCGGAACUGGUCUGGGCCUGCUUUUAUCGCGUACAUUGCUGAAGCCUAAAAUAGGGAAAUCGACGGUGAAGCACGUAUUCCUGGCGAAAUUUAAGGCGGAUCAGACGCCUGAGCAAAUCCAGGAGCUGAUCGAGGGAUACAAAGGGCUCACCAAGAAAAUUCCGGCCAUGAAGGGAUUUGAGUGGUGCAUCCCACGAGCCUCCCUGCAAAACCCCCCAGGCACCAUGUGGCCAGACUGUUAUGCGGCCUCAUCCCCCCCUCUGCCCCUCCCUCUCUUCCCUACAACCUCGUUCCGUGCCAUGAACAUCCCCCUGCUGCCCGCCCUGUGCCCCCCCCUGCGACUGCUUGUGCACGGCAGGGGCGCGGACGUGAGUGUGGAGGGCUUCACCAAGGGGUACACGCACGUGUUCAUCACUACCUUUGACGAUGCGGCGGGGCGCGAUGCGUAUGUGGAGCACCCGGAGCACAAGGCGUAUGCGGGGGUGUUGUUCCAGGGGCUGGAGGACGGCAUUGUGCUCGACUAUGGUUCGCAUAACCCACACGUUCGGCCAAGCGUAACCAUCCCCUCGCCCUCGCUUUCCUUUCCCCAGGUCCGACGCUUCCUCUGUCCGUCACCCUCGUCGUCGCCUUCGCUUCCGCAGCCCGUCGCAUUCGCUUCCCCCGCCCGUCGCCACCUUCGCUUUCGGAUGACCGUUGCCUUUUCUUAUCCCGCCCGUCGCCUUCGCUUCUUCCCCCCCGUCGCCUUCGAUUUCCCCGCGCGUCGCCUUCGCUUCCCCCGCGCGUUGCCUUCGCUUCCCCCGCGCGUCGCCUCACUUCCACCGUGCGUCGCCUCGCUUUCCCCGCGCGUCGCCUUCGCUUACGCGCCCGUCGCCUUCGCUCACCUCCUUCCGUCGCCUUCGUUCCCCUACUGCUCACGCCCUUACUCCCAUGCUCACGCCCUUACUCCCAUGCUCACGCCCUUACUCCCAUGCUCACGCCCUUACUCCCAUGCUCACGCCCUUACUCCCAUGCUCACUCCCCUACUCCCAUGCUCACGCCCUUACUCCCAUGCUCACUCCCCUACUCCCAUGCUCACGCCCUUACUCCCAUGCUCACGCCCUUACUCCCAUGCUCACGCCCUUACUCCCAUGCUCACGCCCUUACUCCCAUGCUCACUCCCCUACUCCCAUGCUCACGCCCUUACUCCCAUGCUCACUCCCCUACUGCCAUGCUCACGCCCUUACUCCCAUGCUCACUCCCCUACUCCCAUGCUCACGCCCUUACUCCCAUGCUCACUCCCCUACUCCCAUGCUCACGCCCUUACUCCCAUGCUCACGCCCUUACUCCCAUGCUCACGCCCUUACUCCCAUGCUCACUCCCCUACUCCCAUGCUCACGCCCUUACUCCCAUGCUCACGCCCUUACUCCCAUGCUCACGCCCUUACUCCCAUGCUCACGCCCUUACUCCCAUGCUCACGCCCUUACUCCCAUGCUCACUCUCUCCCCCUCUGCUCACUCUCUCCCCCUCUGCUCACUCUCUCUCCCCCUGCUCACUCUCUUUCCCCCUGGACUCACUUAUCUUUCCCCCCUGUUUACUCUCUAUUCCCCUUCGUUCAACCCUUUCUCCCCACAAUCCCUCUCACCACCCCUGUUCACACCCCUUGUUCCCCUCUGCUCACUGGCUUUCCCCUUUGCUCACCCCCUUCUCCUGCCUGCUGA